AUGUCGUCAAGGCUGCCGGUGUCAAGGUCAAGAAGGAUCUCGUUGCUGUCGGUGUCAACUUACAGGAUCACCCUAACGCCAAAAUUGUUCUUCUCUACCGAUCACCUUCCCCCCGUCUACAAGAACAACCCUAACCUCCUCCGUGGUUACGAGGCUGCCAAGACCAUCACCGCCGAGCUGCUCUCCGGAACCAAGGCGGCCGCAGUUGAGGUUCUCAUGAACGCCUUCGGUCUCGCCAUCAGCGCUGUCCAGCGCCCCCUUUCCCGCGGCUACAACCCUGCCGACAAGACCAUGAUGAUCGAGGCCGGCAAGUGGACCCGCCGCUACUGGCAGAACCCCGUCCUCGCUCGCUUCUCACCUGUCGAGGUUACUCCUGGUGUCGCUGCCCAGACCGACAAAGAGACCGUCCAUGCUCUGCUCAAGCAGGACGCGCUUACGAUUAUUUUCGCUCACCAAUCUGGUACUUGCUCUAUGUUGCCCGAUAAGUACGGUGGCUGUGUCCGCAGCGACCUCCGUGUCUACGGCACCAAGAAGCUCAGCAUCGUUGACGCCUCUAUUAUUCCUUUGGUCCCUGCUACUCAUAUGCAAGCAACCAUGUACGCUGUUGCUGAGAAGGCUGCGGAUAUCAUCAAGCUUCGCAACAUCUUCUGGAGGAGCGUAAAGAAAAUGGUUUAG